AAUCCGCUAUUUCACGUUAGCUUAGCUUUGCCCCCAAAAAACCAAAAGGGAUUAGCUUAGCUUAGCUUUUUCAAAAUUCAAGAUCCGACAUCCUUCGACUUCCCACUUUUAACACCCUGUUACAACCAAUCGAACCAAAGCAUUGUCCAAACAAUAAGCUCUUUCUCUCUCUCUCUUCACCGAAUCGGCCAGCUCCAUGCGGUGGCCGGCGGCGAAUGGCGGGGGUCUGGGGGUGGCGGCGAUGACCUACGUGGCGGUAGACUACCUGCGCAACGUCUCCACGACGUGGCACGAGCGUCUUCAACCCUUGCUCUGGUCUUUACUCGCGGUCAUCGCCAUCACGCGCGUGCCGUUCUACCGUCACUGGAACGCCGAAUUUCGAGCUGCACUUCCUUUCCUUGCUUCGAUCAUAUUCAUGCUCUCUGCUCUUCUUUAUGAAGCUCUCUCAGUUCGUUUCGUUACCGCUGUCCUUGGCCUCGAUUGGCACCAGGAUACACCUCCACUUCCGGAUACUGGUCAAUGGUUGCUCCUGGCACUAAAUGAGAAACUUCCUGAAGCAGUUGUUGAGAUGCUGAGAGCUCACAUUAUUGGCCUGCACCAUUUCUUGAUGUUAUUUAUAAUGUUGGCCUUCUCUGUGCUAUUUGACUCUGUAAAAGCCCCUGGUCUUGGGUUAGGUGCACGAUACAUGUUUACCAUGGCAAUUGGCCGUCUUCUUCGUGCUAUAACUUUUGCAUCUACAAUUCUGCCAUCAGCCCGCCCUUGGUGUGCUUCAGCUCGAUUCCGGGUCCCGGGACAUCCUCAUCCUUGGGCUCAGAAAUAUUAUGUUCCUUAUGCUUCAGAUGCAAAUGCCAUUCGUCAAGUUAUACAACAGGAUAUAGCAUAUGCUGAUACUGGCAGAUACCUUGGUGACUACCGUCCAGAUUGGGGUUCAAUGAGCUUCCUGAUUGAUUUUCUGCGACCCACCCCAUCAGAAGGAACUUCAUGGUACAGUCUGCUUAAAAAGGCAGGGGGUGGCUGCAAUGACCUUCUAUACAGUGGCCACAUGCUGGUUGCUGUACUGACCGCAAUGGCUUGGACGGAGGCUUAUGGGGGGUUUAGCUCAGCUCUCAUAUGGCUGCUUGUUAUGCACAGUGCUCAGCGUGAAAUAAGAGAGCGCCACCAUUAUACUGUAGACUGUAUUGUUGCCAUUUAUGUGGGUAUUCUUCUGUGGAAGAUGACGGGUUUUAUCUGGUCAGCUAAGGAUGGAACUAGAGAUAGCAGACUCACGAAGCUUGGGAAAAUUCAAGGUAGACUACUCCAAGCUGCCAAGGAUUCAGACAUGGAUGAAGUAAGGGAGCUUCUCAAAGAUGUUGAGUUGGGCAGUCAGGAUAGCCAGAAGAAAGGACCAAGCAAGGUUAUGUGGUUGUUUGCUUGCGGGACUAUUUUCUUCUCACUUACCAUCGUUGUUCUGGCCUUCACAUGGACAAGCGAUGGCUGACAUCCUCGCAUCAUGUUGUACCACGGUUUUGAGGUUAGAGAUAAUAGUGAUUGUACACGAUUCUUCUCCGAUAAGGGACUUGUGUAGUUCUAAUCUGUCAGGUUUUUUACUUCCCUGUUCUAACAGGGAAGUAAAUAUACAUAUUUUUUGAACAUCUAAUAUUUCUAUAUUUUUAUAUUUCAAAUACAUUUCUCA